AUGGAGAACGAACCGCCUUCUGCUACCUCUUCGAGGCGGGGUCGCCUAAUGGGCAAGCUCUUCGCCAUGAAGGAGAAAGAUCGUAAGCCGACGGCUGAAGAGAAGGGGAGCAGCAUCAACGACUUCCUCAACGGCCCCUCCGACACUCUACAGGUCGCCCACGCGACGCCCGCCUCCGCCCUUCCCACUCUAUCGAAGCUCGACACAACAGCUGCCUCCCGCUACCCUCAAGCGCUGUCUGUUGCUAAUAAUCACUCCCAGCAGAGCUUGACCCUCCCAUACCAUCCCGCGCGUAGCCCUGGACACAGCCCUGGCGUCCCACCUCGGAGCCCGCGGCGCAACAACAGGAAGGGACUAAACGUUCGAUUCGUGGAUACUUACCCUGAGAUUAUUGGAGAGGGUGGUGAGGAGUCGGAGAUCCCCGCCAUCGAGGUAUCAAGACGCAAGAAGCAGCACCCCCCUCCAUCUCCCGGCCGCAGACCCAUUGCUGCUGUCCACGACUCUCCUAUUCGACCACCCUCUGCGCCCAAAGAGGACCCAGACUUCAUCCCAGGCCGGUUGCGACGGACACAGACAGGCUUUUCAACCAUCAGUGACGAGCCCUUUGAGCCCAAGGAACCCCUUCCUACUCAUAGGGAGGUUGCGCCAGGCAAUGCCGUCUCUGCACCCUACCUUGACACUUCAGCCAAUGCAAAGGACGAGAACCGCAAGUCCUUCAUCGAACUUCAACAGGCUGAGAUGCGGCAGGCCGAGGGUAGAGCAUUUGCGGAGGCUGCGCGCUCUGCCAGCCAGCCCUCACAUCCCGAGCACGAGCAGUAUGGGGGCCAAACACCUCUCACACCUCAGAUACAGGAAUCACCGACAAGAUCGUCACUGCCACCCGCCAAGAUUCCUUUGCCGCCGAGAUCCCCGGAAGAUCAGAGAAAGCUUCCUGAUCAAAGUCCAACCUCUAUGUAUUCAAGCAGCACUGAUUACACCCAACCGGGCAAUGCUAGCUUCUCUCGACAGGCUUCUCUUAGCUCUCAACACAACAUGGCCCCUCCUUCUGCCGCGAUGGGCUCCCGACAGCCCUCUUUCAAUAUGCACGAUGCGGUUCUGGCUGUUGGCGAUGACGCCCUUGACGCAUUUGUCACGCGCACUCGACACCUCAACGAGCUUUUUAGACUUCACGCCGAGACAAUCAAGCCUCUUUCGGCCUGUUCACAGAAUGAAAUGGCGCGUGCUGCUUUGUGGUGGUUCUUGAAAGGCCGUAUGGCUCUGGAAGUUGCAGUCCGAGCGCGACCCAGCAGCCCUCAAGGUCAGAUACAGAACGACAUGGACCGCCAGCAGGCUUACGCCAACCUUGCCAAGGGAUACUGGCUUUCGGAGGAGGCCAUUCCUGAGCUCUUGGAGAACAAGCAACUUGCUCCAGAUGCGGGCAUCAAUGAAAUUCGGUCAACACUUGUGACAGCGCUUAAGAAGCUGGCUGUCUCAAUGAAGAGAAACGGUUCCCUCCCACCUGAAGAGGCGUUUUUGCCUCAGACCAUCGACAAAUCCAUCUGGGUUGAGUAUCCGAGACUCAGCGUGGACAUGAUUGCGCUCCUGACAGCCGACUCAUCUGCGGCUAUGACGGGCGUCGUCCGCACCCCUUCGCCUUUGGAGAUAUUGCAGACUCUGCCUCCCGGCGAUACAGCUGAAAACUUCACGUUUGGUAGAAUCAACACUGAUGUGUUUCUGAUGGAGCAGGGCAUGGAUUCUCGGAGAUUCUACUUCCCCUGCCUGCUGACUAUGAUCCGACCCCAGAAACAGCCGAACCUUGCUUUCAUCAUUGCCAGCCAGCAUGGAGAAGUAAACCUCCGAAUCCAGGGAAACAAGGCCAUUGGCCCGACCUGGGACGAUGUUCGCUGGCGCAACGAGACUUGUUCGCUUGAGGUGAAACUACCUCGUGGCUUCAUGAUUGUUGCGCAGUGCUCGCAGCAAGAUUACAGAAUGCUCUGGAGUAUGUACGAUUUUGGUGCUAAGGUCCAGUCAACACUUUACCCCAGAGCAGAGGAGCACUGUGUUUUCCGUUCUACAUUGCGUUCAUUCCAGUACUUCGAUUCAGACCCCCAAGCCAGGGCAUUUCCCAAGGAGCCCGUGCAAGGUUGCGACAUCGCGCUAUUCGAGAAGAUUCAUAAGGAGCACGCUGCUGCCGGUCCUCGCGCAUACCAUCGCGGCUUCAGAAUCGCAGUUGUCAGUGGUCCUCACACGAGAACCCUUAGUGGCAUCAACCACAGUUACUCGCCACAGAUGCCAAUUCCCUUUGGAUUCCUUAGAUCGGACGCAGGCGAACCGGCUCUAUUGCUCAAAUACGACAACGGUCGUCAGAAGGUGACCAUGGUGAUCUCGUUCGGCGAUGAGAGGGAGCGGUCCCAGUUCCACAACAUGCUCGCCGGCACUUCCGUGCACAAGGAUGAAACUAUAUAUGCCGAUGUCCCUCUACUCGGAUUCUCCAUUUCCACCGGCCUGGAAGGAGGCAGGUAUCUUCCAGGUGUUAGUCAGGUUCCCUGGACGUCCCUUCGAGUCAUCAAUGAAGACGCGGAUGAGGACUAUCCACGUACGGUUCUGUCAGACAGAUUGAGGGUGGUUGUCGAAUCCAAACAAGGCUCCCUUACUGAUCGAGUGAACCUUCAACCUGGCGAGCUGAGAGUCAGACUGGAGGUUCAGGACACAAAAUCUCUGGUGGUGAUGCGUCAGCCGCAAUUCGACAUGACUUCGAUGGUAGCGGAUGGGUCUGUUGACAAGGACGUGCCCAAGGCGAUGUCGGAUCUGCUCCAGAUGCUGCAGACGACUCAGACCAUCCGCACUUACAGUUUCCCGACCCAGAAAGAUCUCCACGCCUUCCAGGCCGCCUUUACAGGCUUCAGCGUCAUCUUUGAUGGCCUUGCGGCUGCAUUUGCCAUAUCUCGUCGGCGAAUGGUGGUCCCGAUCCACAAGAAAUGGGAGGCUGGAUUGACCCGAGUUCAGGUGGUACAGCAGGGUUCCGUCAUACAGCUGCUUGCAUUCUUCCCCGAUUUCCAACAUGGACAAUGCAUGAACUUUCAAUUGAAGGGCACAGAUGUCUAUGAGAUGGUUUCGCGAAGUGGUAAGGCAGGUAUCAAGUUUGUUGACGCCAAAUUCCCAUUGCCGCGGAUGCCUAACGGCAGCGACGGACCGUCAGACGACAUGGGAUUCAUCUGCCUGGACCUUCCGGAUCUGCCGGGAGAGCACGAUGACAUAUCGCUCCUCUUCGAGAACGAAGCGGAACGCGACCGCCUGUGCCAGUGUCUCCCGGCACCUGUCAAGGGCGCCUCCAGAUCGCUGAGAGGCAAAUAA